AUGAAUCCAAUUUUAUCGAAGCUGCUGCUCUUACUUGGGCUCUCUCUUUAUCAAGUAAACUCCUUCUCGAUUUUUGAAGCAGUAAAAAAAGCGUUUAAAGUCAAAGAUGCUCCAUAAAAGCAACUUUUAACUGUUGGGAUCUUGACUCUUCCAACAGGAACUAAUAUGCUCAAACAUAUGAGCAGUUCCUAAUAUAUUUGGGAGAUGGGAGACAUUUGGAUGAGAGAAGCUGGUUUAAAUGCUGUUUACAUUCCUUACAACGCCACAGAUGAGGAUCUAUAUCCGAUCCUUGAUCAAAUCAACGGAGUUUUUUUCACAGGUGGUAGUAUAGAUCUUUAUAACUAUACAACUGGUGUGCCUCAUCCUUACACAGUAACUGCAGAGAAAAUUUUGAAUUACUCUAUCUCUCAUACAGAUAAUGGCGAUUACUUCCCAUUAUUGGGCAUUUGUCAGGGCCAUUAGCUUUUGUAAUUGCUUGUUGCUAAGAACACAAACGCUUUUGGAAACUCAGAAUUUGAGAAUAAGAGAAUUAAUACUGUCUUUGUUGUUGAUCCAAGAAAUCAAAGCAAAAUGCUUUCUACCUUCAGUGCUGAAGUUCUUGAAGAAAUGGCAACUUAAGACAGUCUUCUUCAUCUUCAUCACCAUGCUAUACCAUUAUAAGAUUAUCAAGAAUUUAAUAGCUUGUCAAAUUUCUACAGAGUUCUAUCAAUCAAUAAUAUCAACGGAUAGAUGAUUGUUAGCACUACUGAAGCAAUAAACUAUCCAGUCUACACAGCUCAGUAUCAUCCAGAAGUUGUACUUGAACCUGCUUCUGACAUUAAUGCUCUUAGAACCCCAAUUGGAUUCAAAAUAGCUUAGGCUUUUACCAACUUUUUUGCCUCAGAAUGCAACAAAAAUAAUCACCAGUUCAAAGAUAUGAAUGAACUAGAAAAAUUAUUUGUUCACAACUAAAAACCUGAAAAGGCUCCUUUCAACACUGAACUGGUCAAUCUUUUUGGAAUAGAAUAUAAUUGA